AUGCAAAGUACCAUCGUGCUGGAUGCCGGCUCUGGCAGUGUGAAGGCGGCGUUCAGCAGCGCCACCGCCCCCACGUCCUUUCCGUCGCUGGCUGGUCGUGUAAAGUACAAGCCAUUGUUUCAGACGUCUCAUGGAUGCGAUGUGGUGUCUGUGGGUAAGGACGCUGCAGAGCGUCGUGGCCUGCUUCAUCUCACGUACCCCAUUCAGCACGGGAUUAUUGUUAACUGGGAUGUCUGGCAGCUGCUCCUGCAACAAAUUGAGCAACAGUUGGACGCGUCAUUGGCUGAAAAGAGUGUUUUUUGGGUGGAGCACCCGUUUAGUUCUCGCCCUCAGCGAGCACGUGUAGCGCAAAUCCUUUUUGAAGAGAAGGGUAUCCUCGGUAUGUGUGUGGGUAUCGCACCCCUUUUGUCUCUCUAUGCGACAGGCGAGACAACUGGAAUUGUGCUGGAUGUCGGCGAGGGUG